CAAAUAGUUAAUAAACAUGUCAUGUAGAAAUCAUUGAUUUUGUUCAUCGAAAUAUUUCGUCAAAAUAUUAAAUAAGUUAUUACGAUAUAUGAAGACUACAGGGAAAAAUAUGAUAAGUUAAAUUUCCUAUUUUUCUUUGCAGCAAAGGAGUCUUAAAUUCACUACAUUGUCAAUCAAUCCUGUGUUAUCAAGAUUGUCUUUUUAUUCGAUUUCGGAAUAAAACAUUUUCUUACUUUUAAAAAUUUUUAAGAUACUGCUCAUUAUAAUAUUAUAAUAUCAAAGAUAAAUAUUGCUUGUCUUAAUAAUUAUGACUUUGGUUUUCGCACAACUUUGUCAACUUAUCAGCUAUUUUUCAAAUACUAGCAUCUUUCGAUCCGACAGAUUGUUUCUGUUCUUCAUUAUAUGAUGUUAAAACACUCCUAUUUAAUCAUAGAGUAACAUCAAAAUCAAAAAAUUAACAAAAAUGUUUAAUAAGAUUAUUUUUAAUGAAAAUUAUGGCUCAUUCUACACAGGACACGAAUAUAAGCAGUUCUUUUACCUUGAUUGACAAUUUAUUAAAUGAUAAUUCAUUGACUAAUAAAUAUUAUCAUUCUAAUAUAUCAUGAGAGUUUAGAAAAAGAAAUAAUAAUGGAUGAAAAGGAUGAGAUAGAUUUAAUAUGGAUAUGCAAUAGUCCUAUCAAUGUUUCAAAGAAAUAUGAAAAUCAAGAACAUGAGGAUAAUAGCCUCAUUGAUGUUAAAUCAUCUGAAAAUAUAUUUCCAUGGCUCAGUAAAUUUAAUAAAAUAAUGUGUUCAUCUGUGGGACAUAGAAAUUACCAAUUGUUAAAACAUUUACUUUUCCUUUACACACAAAAUAUUUUAACCAGUAUAAAUACAUAUCGUGAAAAGACACUAGAUAUGAUAAAAUUAAAAACUCAUCUACGUAACACACUAAUAUUUUUUCAUCUUUACUGGAAUGAUAUUAAAGAGCAUGUUAGUGAUUGCAACUUAUAUUUAAGUGAGAUGUCAGUGAUAUUGGGAAUAUAUAUAGAUAUAGAACUCAAAACUUCUAAACACACUAUGGAUUCUUCUAAACUUGCUUCAAAACUUCUUUCAGCAUUAUGGAUAUAUUUAAGUAAUUCAGAAAAGCAUAUUUUCAGAGUGCUGCUUAAACUAAAGUUUACUACUAAAAAAUAUGCAAAAGUUUGUGACCUUAUAUUUAUGAAAAGUUUUGCUAAUUUUACAAAGAAUGUAGAUUCUUUGACAGAUGUAGAUUAUGUCAGGUAUUUGCUUUUUUUAAAAGUAUGGAAAAGGAUAAAAGAAACUGUUGAAGAGAAAAGGCAAUUGAAUAAGAAGGCUCUAACGAUAUUAGGUCCAUGUAUUCCAAAAAUGCGUGACGAAUUAUUAAACAUUAUACCUAAAGCACCCACAGGGCUUGAAAAUGAGACUAUUUGGCUAUUGCAAUCAAAUGCAUUUGACUUAAAAACUGCAUGCAAUAAUUUUUUAGUAUUUGAAGAAACAAUGUUUGCUGAAUUUAAAGAAACUCCCUUAACAAGAACUUCCGAGCUGGAUUUCCAAUUAUCACAGAAUUUGUCAUAUGAUGUACACAAAUUUUUUGCAAGUUAUGAAUUGAAGAAAAGUCAUAUAGGUAACUUAGAAAAUAAUUAUUCUUUUGAAGAGAACAUGAAAAACAGUAAAAUUAGCAAUCAACAACUUUCUUUACCAAGAAAAAGAAACAAAUUUGAGAAGUAUAAAAAGACAUCGAAAUUAAAACCUGGAGAGGUAAUUUUAAUUAAUUUAGCUGAGGAAGAUGAAUUAGGAAUUGACAAAAAGAAAAAGAAGAAAAGGUGUCAAAGAAAUUUAGAGUGGUUAAAAAUGGCAAAGAAAAAAUAUAAAGUGCAGAAACAAAUUGAUGAAAUAAAAUAUAGAGAUCAAAUAGAAAUUGCAGAUGUUUGUAGUGCAGAUAACUUUAAAAAUUGUUCUAAUAACAUUCUUCUAGGAGAUUUACCAAUUUUAGACAAUAAAGUUAGUGAAAGUACAGCAAGUUGUACUUCAACUGAACAAAAAUCAGUUCAAAAUAAUAUUGAUAAUUUGGAAAAUAUACUUAAUCGUAUAUUCGAUAAGAGAAAUACUGAAUUGAAAUGUAUGUUUCAACAUAGGUGGUGUGAUACAUGUACUUCAUCAAUAAAACAAACUGAUGUGCAAUGCAGUAAAAUUCUAUAUUUACUGAAAUUUCUAAGCACUGUGGGACAAAAUACUAAAGAACCAAAAGCCAUAUUAAAUCUACUGAGAGAAAGUAGGGAUGAAAAUAUGUCUUCUGAACAUAAUUUUUCUUUUAGAAACACAGCUAAUGAAUCUAAUGAAAUAGAUACUCAGGGUAAAGAAUUGUUUUCUCAGCCAAAAAGUUCCAUAAAGACAAUAUUCUUGUCAAGCGAGUGCCAAAAUAAUAUUACAAAUGUACAAUCUAUGAAACAACAAUUGCCAAUAAAUACAGAUUGUAAUGUGAUAGAAGAAAAUACUUAUUGCCAAACUGAAUCUGCUUAUGUACAAAAUGAUGAUCAUUUACAUAAUUUACGAUCUAUGAGUGAUCAUAAUUCGCAAGUGGUAGAGACCAUGAAAAAGAACAUUGUUCAGGAAAUUCAUGAAUGUACAGGAUGCUGUAAGAAGAUUGAGGUAAAACCUUUCUCCUAUCAUAACAAUAGUAUAUUUAAUACAAUAAAGAACGAAGAUGUAACACAUAAUACAAUAGAUAAUAAUACCAUUGAUAAAACAACAAUUUGUGACAAAAAUAUAAUGUGUAUGCUAAGUGAUCUUGACAAAUGUAUGGACGUUUUAAAUCGUAUUGGUGAACAUAUUAUGACCAUUUAUGCAGAAAAACAGCGCCUAGAAUGUUUAAACAAAAUGGACAUAUGUACUGUUUCUACUACAGUUUUGGGAAAUCAGUGUGCAGAAUCAUCCUCAUCAUCGUCAUCGUUGUCGUCAUCAUCAGAUUGGAUACAAAAUAUUAAUUCAUUAACAAAUACAGAAAAACUUAGUAAGAUUUUGGAACUAUAUGGAAAAAAGGACUUAUUGAAUGUAUGUAACUGUCAAAAUCUUCAUUUUUUGAAUGAAUUUCAUAAAUCAAUCCCUCAAUCAAAAGAAUAUCAUUCUUAUGGAAAAAAUAAUAUUUUUUCUGGAAGCAAACCAUCUUCAAACCUUAUCUGUAACCAUAUAAAAUCCGAAUUUGAACAACCUAUUAAGAAAGAAAAUAAAAAUCUUGAAAUUCUAAAACAUAAUAUACAAGACACAGAUCAACAUAAAAUUAAUGUACUAACAAAUAAUCAAACUUGUGACAUAUCUUUUACACAUAAUCUGGAAAAUACUAAAGAAUCAAAUCAAGAUAUGCAUUGGGAAUCUACGUUACAAAAUUUGUCACAAGAAGCUGAUAUAGAAGAAUCACGUUCCAUAGGGGAAUUUGAAAAUAUCACUAUCUUUGAUAGUAUCCUGUAUGGUGAUGAACAAGAAACUAUUGAAGACGAACAAAAAAUUUGGGGAGAUUUAAAAUCACCAUUAAUCUAUGAUAAUUCGGAUAGUGUAUUACAUUGCAUUACAGAAUUUUUUUCACAGCCUGAACAUUUGCAUACUAAUGAAAUGGAAGAAAAGUACAUAUUGUCAGAUGCAGAAGAUUCUCAAACAUUAUUAUCUGAAGGCAGCUUUGGAAGAACUGGAAUAUUAAAUUUUUUAUUUGAUUUUUAUUUAACAAAUAUGGACUCUCCUUCGAAUAAUUUUAUGUAUUCAAACAUACAAGCAGUUAAUCCUCGGUUGAUUGAGAAAUCUUUUGAAGAAAAGACAGCUGAAAAAAAUGAUUUAGAAAAUACACUUUCACAAGAGGAUAAGGAAUUGUGUAAUAAUCAAAAUCAUUCUGUUAAUAAUAGCGUGGAUAUGAUUGGAUUUGAAUUGGACACAAGUAGAGAAGAAGUGUUUGAAUUUCUUCCAGUAAUUAAAAGUACACCUUCAUUCUCUGGUCAAUCAAUUACUUUAGUUAAUUCAAAUAGCAUACUUUCUGAAGAGAAAGAAUCGUUUCCUAAAUGCAGUCUUUCUAGUCCUACUGAUAAGUUUAAUGUUGGUAGUCUUAAAGAAACAUUUUAUAUUUUUCAAAAGGAAGAUACUAUUAAUCAAACCCAAUCAUUCAGUGAUAAAAAAAAUGAAGAUUUACCUGAAAUUUGUAUUUCCAACAACAUUCCAUCAGAUGAAUCUAUGAAUUAUAUAUUAAAUCAACAAGAGAAUGAUAUUCAUUCAUUACAGAAGUAUACAUGUGUAGAACUUGAAACUAGUCCUUUAGUAAUAAAAGAAUCUUUAGAUUCUUGUGAUUUAUUGUCUUCCACAGAUUUAAUAUCAUGUAAUACUGAUACAACACUGCAGCACAUUGAACAAACAGAUGAAAGUUCUUUAAGACAAAAAAAUUCUCAGGAAAACAUGCAAUACAAUUGUGAAGAAAAACAAAAUCAUAUUAUGAAAUGUAGAACAGAAAUUAGUGGUCAUCCACAAUCUAGAUCACCUAAACAGAUAUUAAAAUGUAAAAAGAAAAUUAAAACAAAGAAAAAAGAAAAGCAAUUAUCUUCAUCUAUUGUUCAAUCUAAUCAGAAUGAAUUGAGUUUAAGAUGUUCACAAAUUACUAUUGUUAAUCCUUUGGAUUAUGAAGAUGUGCAAAAUACAUGUGAAUCAUCACUAUCAACAUUUCACAUGUCAUAUUGUCAAACAUCACUUAAAAAUGGAAAGAAACAACUAAAUUGUGCAAAUGUUCAACAAUCGAAGCGUAUGUCUCAACAGAAGCAACAAAUAGUAUUAAAUUUUCAUGAAGAUUCUAUGGUUAAUUCAAUCUACAAGGAAGAUUCUAAAUUACAAAAUCUCCAGUGCGUCAUGGAAGAUAAUAUCUCGGAAGAUUCAAGAAUGUUAAAUGUACCAGAAAAAUCAUAUGCAACUGAAGAUAACACUCAUUUCAAAAUAUCAAAAAGAAAUAUGAACAUUGAUACUAAUAUUACAAAAGCAAAUUUUAUAACAGAUAACAACAUAACUGAAUUUUCAAAUAAUAUAAAGUCUGCUAAGUGGAUAUCACAGAAUAUAAAUGUACAGCCAUCAAAUUCUAUUAAAGAACAAGCAAUUUUAGAUGAAGAUAUACCUUUGAAGAAAAGAAAAUUAACUUCAACAUUUUCAUCAACUGUAAACACAAAUACAAGUGUUAGUUCUGUAAAUCAGCAAAAAAUGCAAAGAAAGCAUUAUGUUUCUACUAAGAAAGGUAACUAUAUGUUUGAUAUCUUUGGCAAUUUGCCUUUUUCCUUGAAAUAUGAGUCCAUUUUCAAUAUAGUUAUAGAAUAUUAUUUUGAAUAAAUAAAUAAAAUGUCUUAUAGCUAAAUACUAUCAUAAAAUGAUUGUAUUAUAUAAGAAAAUUUAUAUGUAUAUUUUACAUCUUAUAUACGUAUCCAAUAGGAGUACUAAAAACACAUAAUGAUAGUUCUUUCAAAUAAAAGUCAUCAUACUUAUUUUAAUAUUUACAUAUUAAAUUUCGAAACAAAGACAAAAUUAAUAAUUUUCCACAUGGAAGAUCAACAUUGGAAGAUAUUUUAGUACUUUUAGUGUUUCAUAAAUUCAUCAUAAUUAAAAUUCUUUGCAUAAACAAAAAUGCAAUUAUAAGCAUAAAGAAGAAUAAAGUUUGUGGUAAUUUGUAACUCAAGAUUCAUAUUUAUAGCUAUAAAUUUUCUGGUACCUAUAAUAUUUUCCUAAGUGAAAAAAAUGGUAAUGUGAUACACAUAUUUACAUAUUUUUCAUCUACCUUAUUAGAAUAUAAUAUUACAUAAAUGUAUUAUCUUUAAGAAGUAAUAUUAUUCAGAGGUGUGAUGUAUACAAAUAAAUUGAAGAAUAUAGUAGCGCAAAAUAAUGAUAAAAUAGAAACAAGUUCUACUGAAACAAUAGAGAAGGUUGACACCUCUCCCGUUAAAGGAAUAUUAAAUUACGAGGACAAACAGAUAUCAUCAGGUGCACUACUCGAAAUUUCAACAAUGCAAAAGAAAUUUGAAUCGCAAAUGGUAUCGAAAUCAUUAAAAUGUACAAAUAUUGCACAAACUGAAUUCUGUGCGUUACCAGAAUUGGAAAUUUGUAAUUACGACAAAAUAAAAGAGGAUGUAAGAGAAAAUACAUCAAACAUCGCUAACAUUAAAGAAUCUAUUUUCGAAUCUUUUUCUAUGAAUGAAAAAGAUAUUUCUAAUGCAAUUAAAGGAAUGUGAUUGAAUGAAAAUAUUGGAAAUAAUGGAAUUUCUUAUAUUGGUGCAAACUUCAAGAAGCAGGAUAUAAUAGACGAUAAGUGCGAUAAUAAUAUUCGCAAACAUAUUAAUAAAGAUGUGCCCUGUGUAUCUAAUGAAGUAUUUGGUGUGUCAUCACAGAUAAUAUCUGAAAGGAUGUAAUAAUUUACAUAAAGUGGCAGAUACUCAUCAACCACUAUACCAUUGAUCUAUAAAAAUUGUGUUGGCAAUAUAGAAUUAUAUGUGUCAUAUAUGUAUUGUGCAUCAGUAUUAUGUAGUUUACAAAUUAAUGUACACAACUUUCCUUCAUUUGCACGCCAAAUUGAGUAGCCCAUGUAAAAGGUUGUAUUGCUGCUAAAUUGCACUACUAUAUUGUCGCACAUUGCAAACAGUGUAUACGUCUGGCGACGGAUAUCCAUAUGUUUUGUACCAAAAUAAUUCCUAUUUUUUCCCAGUACACUCAUCAAUAGCAAAACUUUAUCAAUUAUUGUGUAAAAUGGAAAAAUUCCUUUACAAAAUAAAACAUUGGAGACACUUGAAGUACAGUAUGACUUGGAAAGAAUGUUGAAAGAAGAUACGAAAAAUAGGUUGCCCUUUUAAAAAAGACAUGCUACAGCUUACGGAAAAAUGCCAAUAAAAGUUGAAAAAAUAGACAGUUAUUCAGCUGUACCUAAGAUAGAUUGUAGCUGCUGUAAAAGCGUUAGACAGUACGCGAAAGAAGUCCGACGAAAUUGUUAAAUCCGAAUACGAACUAUCUCUUGUGAAAAGAAAAAACCGCAUGGUGAUUAUUACUGCAAUUUGCAUUUGAUAGAAAGAAAUUAUAAUAAAGACGUACACGUUGCCAGUUCGCAUCAGAAUCUCGCGAAAGAAAGACUAAAGCUCACUGUCCACAAAUCACUAUAUCCGUUUAUAGUUGCAACAUACGCUUCUCUACUGACAGUGUUAACGUCAGUCGUCAUUACGAAAACGAUUCAUUUCCUUUUUUUGGACAAAUGUACGUUACUUUACAGUGACUGUUGCAUGGAGGAGUGCUGUUAACAUCAACACACGUAUGAAGCUACACUUUGUAGACAGUGGGUGUAAGAAUGCCAAUUUCGAUCGACAAAGUAUCAAACUGAUAAUAUCGUAUUAUCAAGAAUCUCCAGAGAACAGUUAAAACAUCCACGCGACGGAAAAAAAUUAAUCGUUUAAACUGACUUAACAGAGAACUGAUGGAGUAAGAAGGAACGUACAAAAGAGUAAAGAAGAAAUAAUCGCCUCUACGGGAAGAAAGGAAGAAUGGAACGUUCCUAAAGUAAAUUAUUCUUACGCCGAUGCUGAUUCAGAAUGGAGUCCGUCCGGUGAGUCAAAACGCAAAUGGAGAAAGGUUAGUCGAUGAUCGAUAUUAUGGAAAUUCAUUAUUGUAAGAAAUUUUUCUGAUAUAUAAAUAAUCAACUGUACAUUACUCCAUAAGACUGUGGCAUCGUAAAAGGGUCCUUUCGUGAUCGUGUGUGUGUGUGUGCAUGCGUGCGUGCGUGCGUGCGUGCGUGCGUGCGUGCGUGCGUGCGUGCGUGCAUAUUGCCAAUAUUUCAGACUUCUCAACAUUAUUGUGCAUGUAAAGAGAUUCUUAGAUAAUCAAUAUACAUAUAGUAACCCUUUGAGGGGCCGCUUGACGAGCAAGCAUCGCUGUGGACGAGAGGUAUUGGCGCGCGCAGUUGAGAAAAUAUACAUGUUGAACGUUUGCGUUAUUCAUUGUCGAGACUUGUAUUAUUUUCAUCAAUAUUUAGUUUAUCAUCACUGUCACUAUUACUAGAAAUAUUGAAACGUCUGAGCCGAUUUCUUGUUAAUUAAACGGAGUUCGUUUCCAUUGUCUGAAAGACUGUCGUCACCUUCUAUCUUGUCAGGUUCAAAAUAAUGUUCGUCAUUACUACUAUCACUAUCGAACAUGUUUUUUCUGGAACUUUUAGGCAUCCUGUAUAAGGUAUUAUAAAAAAUAUAUAAAUUAUAUAAAAAGCUUUCUGAUUCAUCUGGCAAUGCCAUGGAAAGAUUGAAAUUCGUUCUGACUCGACCUGCAUCGCGAGUUUACGUUAAACGGAAGAUAAGAUUUCUAAAGAUCUAUAAUUUUCUUUCAUCAGAAACAUAAUACUGUUUAGUUUACUGUACCCAUGCGUAAAUACGUAUGAUUAUCGUUCGGAAAAAUAGACAUACGCCAGCCACUUCAAAAUAACUGUACGGAACUGUGAACAGAUUCAGGCGGCUACAUACUGACACGCGUUCGUAACGAUAAAAAGACUUGGGCGGCUAUUUGCCGACACUCGACCGCAAAGGGUACAAUAUACAUAUAAUAUCUGAGGAUCUCCUUACAUGCAUAAUAAUAUCGUGUUCAGAAACCUGAAAUAUUGAUAAUAUAUAUAUUGAUCAUUUGAGGGUCCCUUAAACUUAUAAAUACUGUAUAAAUGAGAAGAUAAAUUAUUGUGGGGAGAUAUUUGCAUACUGGAAAAGUGUAUAGUACAACAAUCGAAGAUCAACAUUAGUAUAAUUUUUCGAAGAAUUCCAAAGCAACAAUAUGGAGAAUGUUUAGAUAUCAUAGAUCGUACCUGUAUUCUGUUAGACACAGGCAGUUUCAUAUUAAAAGAAUAAGAACUCUUUUAGUGUUCGUAAUUUCCUGUGUGUAAAAUUGAGCAGUAUUAUCCUCCAUUUUAUCUAAUUUCAAUGACUACUUAGCUUUGAUAUAGUCCUAAUAAUUUUAAUUCAAUUGAGGAUAUCUAUAAUCGUUUAAUGAAAAAUGUCCUCAUUUAUGAAAAAAUUACUUUUGUGUGUAAUUAUGUAAAUAUAAUAUUGUAAUGCAAAAUAAUUGUAAGCAAAGUUUUAUAACUCUUAUAUAGUAUGUGAAAUAAUUUACAUUAACGAAUAAUUCUAAAUGUAUUAUAUCAAGCAGCAUAAAGUAUACCAUAUUGUGGUAUAAGACAAUUUGAUAUUUUGAUGAGAAUUAAUUGAAAACGAUAUUUAUUGAUAUUAAAAUUAGCUGAGAUGCAGAUUUUCUACAAGAUUGUGCAUGUAUGUGUAUAAAAAUCAUAAAGUUUUAUGCAACAGAAUAUCAAUUAUUGUAGCGCAUAAAAUUGCCGUUACAUAAUAUUAAUUACUAUUGACAUCACUUUAAUCUUUCCGACAUUGCAAAAUAUUAGAUUUUAUAUUUCUUAAUUUAUAAAAUUAUUUAAAUUCGAAGAAAUAAGAAAACUUACUAUACAAUUUGUAAAUGUACAUAAAUGUAAAUAAUACAGCAAAGUAUGCUUUCAGAUACAAAGUUUAUAAAAGAAAGCAUUUGAAUGAUCUCUUCAAUAAUAUUUAAAUUAUAAACUUUUUUAAGAUUUUAUUUGCUAGAUUUUUUGUUAUUAUGUUAGUUUUUUCAAUGUACAAAAUACAUACUAAGGCUUCAACAAAGUUUUUAAGGUUACCAUUUAACCAUUUCUAAAAUCUUGAAGAAACUCUUGUUCUUAUUUACUUUAUACUAAACAUAAUAUUUUACGAAAAUUAUAACUUUUAGAGAAGAUAUGUCAUGCCAAAUACCUUUUUUUAACUAAUUUAAUUUGCAAAGAAUAUAGCAAAGUAUAUUAAAUUGCUAAAAGUUCGAAGUAUGAUUCUAGGCAGUUUAUUCUUUUUUAAAAUAAAUAUUAUGUAUAUCAAAAAAUAUUAAUUACAUAUUCAAUUUUGUAAGGUUUGCUUGAAAAGUAUUAUCUAUUGGUUGUAUUAUUUAUGGUUGACAGUAAUCUUGAAAGCAAUGAAUAUGAAACAAUAUUAAAGUAAUAUGUGAUAUUUUAAUUUUAAAGUAGUUCCAAUUUGAUUUUUUGAAUUUUAUACAUCCUAUUAUAUUAAUAAAUUUUAUAAAUUAAUUCUUGUCCUUGUAGAUACAUUGUUAGUACAACUUAUAUGCUACUUAUUUUUAGUGCUGAUAGUAUCAUUAUCUUUAUAUGUUAUAUGUUUAUAAUAUUUAUGACAAUUUUAAUAUUAAAUAUUGACACUAAACCUACCGACACUUCUUGUAUACCUACUUCUAUUGUGCCCGGUCAAAAUGAUCGGUUCUUAAAAAAAAGUUAUUGCUUUUUGUUGCUUUUUGUUAUUUUUAUAUAAUUUCAAUUAUAAACUAGGAAAGAGUAUUAAAAUUGAACGGUAGUUAUAUAGUUUCUUUCAUUCCUAUACACCUUAUAUACAUAUAAAUACACAUUUUUUUAAAUAUAUAAAUAAUAUAUAAUCCUAUUCGCCUUCACUGCAUUUUUUACAAAUUAUUCUGUUCUCGAAUGCACAUUUGCCGCACACAUAUUUUUUGCAUCCCGAACAGAUUUUUGUAGUUUUGUAAACUCUGCAAUAUUUUACUUGACAAGAUUUUCGUACAUGUAAAUUCGAACUUGUAUUUGUUGAUACAUGAUACAUUGUAUCAUGGUACAUAUCAUGUACAUUUGGUACAUUUUCCUCUUCCUGCGAUUCUUAAUACGCAGCGCCAAGUUCUCUAACUAACUAGAAUAAAAAUUCCUGCUUUAAAAUUGUUUUAAAAUUUAUUAAAAAUUAAAAUUGUUUAAAAUUUAAAAUUGUUUCUCUCCCAUUGUUUCUUUACACAAAACCCAGGCGUUUAUUCCAGCUAGAUCCAGAAUAUUGAAAAACACCUGGAGGGGCCAGCUACAAUAUUUUCUUGCCAUUUGGUCAUUUUUCUAGAGAAAUGCCAUAUUCAGAUAGCCUUUCUUUUAUACUGGUUGUAUAAGUUUAGGAAAGUAAUACCAUACUAUCUCGAGCGGUUAAAUAGACCGGCGACGGUAGGUAGGACAGGCUACAUAUAUUUCUUGGAAAAAAGAGAGAGAGGGAGAAAGAGAGAGAGAGAGAGAGAGAGAGAGAAGUAAAUACUGAAGAAUACAUUGUAUGUAUAUUUUAAGAAAAGCUGUAUAUUUUGAUAGCAAUGUGAUAAUGUUUAAAUAUGUGAAAGUUGUACAAAAGUUUGAGGACGGUCAAAUUGACCGAUAGUGGUAGGUUUAGUGUUAAUUGCUUAAAAAAUAUAGAAAACAUUUUAUUUGACAUAACAAUAGUGAUUACUUCUGAAACAAACCUUACUAAGUUUUAAGUUUAUCAUCUUAGUAUUAUGUAGGAGUAAUUGAAAUAAAAAAGAAGUAUUUUUCAGAAGAAAUUUAUUGUCAACUAUUGAAGUUACAUAUUAGUUUUUAUAAGAUAUAAAAAUUAUAUAAGCAAGUAAUCUAAUAGUAUAUAAGUAAUUUAACAUAUCUAGUAUUCAUUAGUUACUUUUAUAUUAAAAAAAUACGUUUCAUUUUUGUUUUUUUUUCCUCCCAAAGUACAAGAAUUAUACAAAAAGACUUAAUUUUUAGUAUUUUUGAAAUAUUAUUAGAAUAGUAAUUAAUUGUUACUUUUCUAAUAGAGUAGUGUGUAUUUUAUGUUAAAAAUUAAACACAAAAUAAAUUUGUUUAUGCGGGUUUGUAUUUUAUGUGUUUAUGUAAAAGAGAUGUUUUUAUUUUACUUGAAUUGUUAAAAAUAUUUACUUAAAUUUAUGUAUUGUUUGCAAUUAUUAUAUUUAGGAAAUUAAGUCACAUUAUUGUAUGGUACUAUUUGACCUUAAUAAUGCAAGCUUUUAACCAUUCGCCAUUCCAUUUGAUUGCCUAAAUAGAAUUGUAAAGAACUAUGAUAGUUAUUCUCAGUCAGUUUGUAAAUUAUAAAUUAUUCGAGAUCAUUACUUCUACACAUAUUAUAUUCGUCAUGUAAUUAAUAUACUUUUUUAAUUCAACUAAGAGAAAUGCGAUUAAGAAUAAAAAAUUAUUUACCUGCAAUAUAUAUAAAAGUAAUAUAACGAAUUAUUUUGUAUCCCAAAAUCGUAAAUGAUACUGCGUAGACAUUGACAAAGGUGUGAACAGCCUUUGCCAUUUUGUAGAAAAUUGUAUUCUCGUUUAAAUAUUUAAGAACUGAAUUUUAGAAAUAUGUAUAAAAGAUUGCUUCUAUAUUUCAAACCAUACAAUAUGUCGUAUAGAAUAAACGGCGUAUAGAAUAAAAUAAAAGUAUAGACAUACUCAUAUGACACAAAGGAAAAUUUAUUUGUAAAUUCAUGAAAUGUAAUGUAAUUGAACAGUUCUUCUAUAAUUACAUUAUAAAUUUAUAACUUCGUAAAUUUGUUUUCUUCCUAAUAUAAUUUUUCGAAACUUAUGUACACCUAGCAAAAUUGGGCAUACUAGAUCCAUGUUUUAUAAAAUACAGCAAAAAGUAUUGUAUUACAGUUUAAGUUCGAUCGCCGAAAAGAAAUAGUCAAAUAAAUUAAUCUUGUUUUCUUUAUUAAUGUUCCCAGACAUACAACGAUUUUACCAAUAUAAAAUUGAGCAUGCGGAGUAAGAAUCCCCCAAAUAUGUAUUAGGUUGGCAACUAAGUAAUUGCAGAUUUUGUCAUUAGAUGGUAUUAACAAAAUCCGCAAUCACUUAGUUGCCAACCUAAUGUAUUGUUAUGCAUUUGUUUUUCGAUUUCAUUGUAGAGGUACGGUUACCCCACAUUGUAAGGCACAUAGCAUAAUUUGCUUUGAUUUUCGUUUGUUAUUUCGCACCAGUUUAACAACGACUUCGGAAAGAAAAGAAACUGAUAUUUUUCUUCGAUAAAUCAUUGUAUAUUUAUAUUGUAAAGGAAGUUCUCUGUGGGAAAUCAGUAGUUAAUGGUAGAAUCCAUUUUAUUGUACAUAAAAUAAUAAAUAAAUUUAGAUAUGAAGGUGCAGUAAAAAAUAUUCUUUCCGAGUAUGACGAAGGAUAUGUAGCGCGAGAAAUUAAAAUUAAGCUCACUACUAAUGUGCCAAAAUUACCAAUAGAUGAUUCUUCAAGACUUAGCAAGCCUGUCAAGGGGAACAAUUCGUCAAGUUUUGCAUAGAGAGGGGUACCACGGUCGAGUACCUCGAAGAAAGCCCUAUAUUUCCAAAGCAAGUAAACUAAAAUGUUUGCAAUUUGCCAAACAUGUAAAUUUCUAUAAAGUUUCUGGAAAUAUUUAAUUUUUUCUGACGAAAUUAAAAUUAAUUCAUUUGGUGUGGACGGUAAAGAAAUAGUAUGGAGACGAUCGAAUGCGCAGUUCCAUAAAAUUCAUAUACGACUAUUUUAAAUACAAUGGCAGAUUAAUCAUGAUACAGGACUGCAUGGCAACAGAUGGAACAGGAAAUAUCGAAUUUAUAGAGGAAACAGUGGAGAAGAUGAAAUAUCUGGGCAUUUUAAAACGAAAUUUAUAACCAUCGGUUGGAAAAUUACAAAUGUCAUCAAUAUAUCAUUUAUAGCAAAAGCAUUAUAAUGUCCUAAUAUUAUUGAAAACACCACAAUUACCGGAUCUGAAUACAAUAGAAUAUUUAUGGAGAGAAUUAAAAGAUCAAUUAGAAAAUUGUAAUAUAAAAAAUAAAGAAAGUGGUAGAAGUGUGGAAAACGAUUCCGAUUUUAGUAAUACAAAAAUUAAUCGAGAUGAUGCCGAGACGUCUGCAGGCAGUCAUCGAUACUCACG